CCAGGGGGCUUCUCUGCUCUCUCUCUAACCCCAUCUCGAAUCCCAUCUCCCACAAUGCCCUAUAACACAAACGCCAUCCCUCCUCGAAAGGAGCCCACGGGACAGACUCAAUUGCCUUUGUCAAGAGUCAAAAAGAUCAUCAGCCAAGAUCCAGACGUCCAGAUGUGCUCCAACAACGCCGCCUUUGUCAUCACUCUGGCCGCUGAAAUGUUCAUCCAGCACCUCACUGAGGAAGCUCAUGCCCAAGCAAAACUUGAACGCAAGCCCAGGCGCAACAUUCAGUACAAGGAUGUCGCCAAUGCCAUAUCACGCCGAGACAACCUCGAGUUCCUAGAGGACGUCGCCCCCAAAACCACCACCUUCAAAAAGGCAAAGGCCGCCGCCCAGGCCCAGUCUCGUGGCGACGCCGUCGAUGCGGACUCUGCUGCUGCUCCUCGCGUCACAGCAAAUGGCAGCAAGAGCAAAGCCAACGGAGCCAAGGCGGCGGUCAAUGGCCAAGGCAAAGCCGGCACCAACCCCUUCACACUGUCCCUUCGUGGUGAGGAAAGCAGCAAGAAAGAGACCAUCACCACCGCGCCAGCGGUGUCAGACGAUGCCAAUGAUCAGCUCGAGCUGGAGAUGAGGCAGGCCACACGCCCUGAGGAUGACGCCGACGUAGACAUGACUGGUUAGGAGCGAACUUUCUUGUUUUACGAGCCGUCGCCGCGUAGAAUGGGUCUCUCUCGGCCUGCGAAGCGGUCAACCCGUGGGAAGCGAAGCCGUUUCAGGAGCAUGUAGAGUUAUAAAGGUUUCAUCAAUUAUUGUUGUUGCAUUUUCACGGGGCUGGAUUUAGUUGGUUCUUGGAGUUUAUAUAUCUAAUGGCAAAUGUUGUUUAUUCUCUGUCAGCAUCGUGUACCAAUCAAUGCUGCUUUCUCGGCCUUCUCACAGGUUAAGAGAAACUGUUCUUUAAAGUAUAAAAAGGAAAAAAGUAUAAAUGAAAAGAAGACACCCAAAAUAAACAUCCAUGGGGCCAAGCAUGUCCUUGUGCCAAAAUAAUUUUAUAGUAGCUUCCUCACUCCUCCAUCGCAUCGCCGUAAACGCCGGAUGGUAAUCGCCCUUCGUUCAGUUCCUUCUCCAGAGCAAUAAUCUCCUGCAGG